UGCCCUAACAGCCAGCAUCCCAGUUCAAUAUCUAACUGCAGUAUGUAAAAUAAUGAAGACUGUUUUUGUUUUGACCCUCCUGGCAUUAGGGGUACAUGGGGCAGUGGCAGUCACUCACUCUCUCACGUACUUCUACACUGCAUCCAGAGGGAUUCCAUCUUUCCCUGAGUUUGUGACAGUUGGAUUGGUCGACGAACAACCAAUAUCUUAUUAUGACAGCACCCAAAGAAGAGAGGUCCCCAAACAGGAGUGGAUGGAGCAAACGGCAGAUGAAGAAUACUGGGAAAAACAGACACAGAUAUCCAGGGCAACGGAGCAAAGAUUCAAAGCCAGCAUAAACACUGUCAUUCAGCGCCUCAAUCAAACAGAAGGGCCCCAUAUUGUUCAGAACAUGUACGGCUGUGAAUGGGACGACAAAACUGGAAAGGUUAAUGGGUUCAAUCAGUUUGGUUACAAUGGAGAGGACUACAUCGUCUUUAAUCUGGAAACUGAAACAUGGAUCGCCCCAAAACACCAAGCCAUGAUCACAAAAAUGAAAUGGGACAGGGACGAGGCAAAAAUUCAAAAGGAUAAAAUGUAUUUGACUGGUGUGUGUGUUGACUGGUUAAAGAAGUAUCUUGAAUUUGGAAAAGAGUCCCUGAUGAGAACAGAGCUCCCCACUAUCUCCCUCCUGCAGAAGUCGUCCUCGUCCCCGGUCACCUGCCACGCCUCAGGUUUCUACCCCAACAGAGCCAUGCUGUUCUGGACUAAAGAUGGACACGAGCUCUAUGAGGGCGUGGACCCCGGGGAGAUCCUGCCCAACCACGACGGGACCUUCCAGAAGAGUGUGGAGCUGGACGUGUCCUCGGUCCCACUUGGAGACUGGGGCAGGUACCACUGUGUGUUCCAGCUGUCUGGAGUCAAAGAGGACGUCCUCACACAACUGGACAAAGACAGCAUCAGGACCAACGAGAGGAAAAUGCACAUGUCUCCCAUCAGUAUAACUGUCUGCAUAAUCCCUGCACUCGUGGUCUCUGUUGCUCUGCUGUGCGCUGUUGUCCUCUUCCUCAAAAUCAAGAACUAUGGGACAGAGGCAAAAUCUCCACUAUAUCCUCCAUCUUACUCUGAGGUUGAAUCUCAUCCUAAAGCCUGAAUAAGCAACACACAUAUUGCACUAACACUUUACAGUCCUGGUUUCAGCCCAGUUUAGACCUAAAGUAGACUUGGUUUGGUCCUGUUCAGGUCCUGAUUUAGUCUAGUUCUGGUUUAAGUUCAGGGUUUAGUCCCAGUUUAGGGCUGCAACAAUUAAUCAGAAUAAUCAUAAAUGACUUCUUAAAAUCAUGGACUAGUUUAAUAAUCGUUAAUAUUUUUCUGGAACAUAAACAAACAUGUACCAGGAAAACAUUUGAUCACAACAGAAACAGCACCAUUAUUAAAUCAAAAUGAGACGGGAAGAAAGUUUAUUUUGAGAUAUUUUGGCUUGUCGACUACUAAAAUAAUAGUUGCAGCUCUACAGUUUUGAACGUUGCAGUGUGAAGCGUUAGUGGUUAAACAGAGUGGAACAUCUUAUCUGCUGCAGCGCGGGUUUGAGUCUCCAUCGUUUGGCCAAAAGUCUCUACCACUGUAUUCUCGGAUACUCUGUUGUGUCAAUAAACCCUAAAAUGGUCCAGAAAUAAUAAAAAACA